CCCCCUUCUGCGCACCACCUGUCCACCCCCCUACUGUGGUAAGCUAAAUAACUCCAUCAUCUUCCGCCGACCGCCGGCCACCUCCGGCCUGCCUACGCGAGCUCCUCCUGAGGGCGCCACCCCCCUCACCUCGAUGCGGGAACACUGCUGUCGGAGGAGGAGGAGAUGGAGUUCCUGUACGAUUUGCCGCCACUGCCACCGCCGUCGUCGCGGACGUGGCGGCCGCGCUCGCGGGCACCGCCGGUAUCCAGGCGUCUUCUCCCUCUGCCUUCGCGUCCGAGAAGGUACCGGAGAGGCCAGCUGAAGAGGGCUCUGUGCGAGGCUGAAGCCUACGCCUUCAAGGGAGUUCUAGUGAUGCAUUAUAUAGGGAGCUAUGGCAUGCUUGCGCUGGGCCGUUGGUGCUUCGCCAAGGUGAAAGAGUUUACUACUUCCACAUGGACAUAUGGAACAGGUAUAUCUCAUCGGCAUGGGUGUUUGCUUUUCUUGAUGGCCAAUAACUAUGAAUUUGCUACUCAGUGCAAACAGUAGCUACUUCUAUUAUGGAACGAUACUUGCUUCUUGUGUUAAAAAUUUAAAAUAACAAUGUGACUUUGUUUAUGCGAAUAAUUAUCCAGGUAUUUAAAGAAUAGUCAUCUAGGUAUUUCAAGAUCGUCCACGUACAUAUUCAGAACCUGUUAGGGCUCAUCUCUUGACAACAGAAAUGUUCUAGCGAAAAACCUUUAAUAGAGUAUAAACAAUUCCUCCUCUAAACUUAUCCAAAUAGAUAUCAUCUUGUUCAGUAAUAGCACAUUGAUGGUUCAGGGCUUCUUGCCACCAUCAACUAUUUUGCUUUCUUGGCAUAGAAAUAAUGGGUAAUUUUACAUCACUCCGUGUCAUUUUGUAUCCAGUUUGUAGUUCAAAAUUCUUAUCACUGAAAGGAACAGGCAGAAAUGAGUGCAUCAUGUGAAACUAAUACAAAAAAAUAUCGCAUCUCAGCUUUCAUUAGAAUAGAGCAGUGGUGAAACACUAAGUCAUCGC